AUGCACACCAACAACCUUGGGCUGUAUCUUGUGAUCAUUGGGGAGGGCUUGAUCAUUUUAGCAGAACAUCGCGUAUUUCAAUGGCACUGUUCAUUGGACGAGGCGAUGGGACAUCUUUAUCAAGACUUUCGUUCAUGGACCCAGGCAACAAAGGUGAGCUGUUCUCACAGGCGGUGGCGAUGGAAACACCUCCACACUCAAAAUUCAGAUGGUGUCCCAACGUUUCCCUGGCUGUGUGCAAAGGCAUACAAUGCCCGGGUAAUUCUGGCAUGGCUGGCAGUGGAGCUGAGUCAAGGACUUCAGCCCAUGCUGAUGCAGCGUCCAGGGGAGGCGGCUGGUGACUUUGCAAACCGCAAACAGCUGUGGAGCAUUGGAAUUGCAACAGUGUCUAGCUUUGCUGAAUGGCAAAGGCUGACAGAAGAGUAUCCCUACUACUUGACGGCGACACAGGCUCAAGGCCUUCAUGAUUUGGGCAAGCUGUGCCUUCACAUGUACCAUCUUGCAGCAGCAGUGGCGGCGAUGCAGGGCAAGUUGAGAUGGCUGGUGCUACCGAAGUUGCACCUCCUUCAUCACAUUUGUGAUGAUCUACUGGUCAAUUUCCUGAACCCAAGGGCAUUCCACUGCUUUAGUGGGGAAAGCUAUAUGGGAUUCGUAAAGAAAGUUUGCCAAGCAACAUGCAUGGCCACUAACAUGGAAGCUCGGGUGUUGAAACGCACCCUACUUAAAGUUCUCACUGGCUGCCGUGAUGAAAUCACAGGCAAGAUCCUGUGA